AAACCACUAAUUUCAUUUGGUAUAAAACUUCCUAAACUUCCAAAACUAUUAUUUAUAUAUGAAACCUUAAAGAUUUUAGAUACUAGUUUAAUUAAAAAUGGAAUAGAAAAGUGGCUUGAACAUGAAGGAUAUAUUAACUCUUACUGUUAUAAAGAAAAGUUGAACACACCUAAGAUUAUUUUAGAUUCUUUGACUACAAUGUUUCUUCGGAGAAGUAAAGGGCUUGAGGAAUUAUCGAUCAAUGACUUACAUAUGCUUCCAACAACAACAACGUUCUUAAAUAAUAUGUCAGGAAUAACGCAAUUAAAAACAUUACGAGUUAAUUUUCGUUGCUAUAAAGAUUAUGAAGAUAUCAUUAGCAUGAAGAGAGUAAUGAAUAAAUUAGAUCUUAAAGUGGUUCCUAGUGAUGCAAGCGAUGCACUCGUAAACAUUAUGAAAUCCCAUAAAAAAUUGGAAAACUUAGAGCUUGAUGCUAAUAGGAUUGGUAGAAGUGUUGAAGCAAGAUACGCUUUAAGUCAGGCAAAUGCUUAUUUUG